CAUCAUGGCUGCUGUGUCUACUCUCUCAAGUGACGCUCAGAUUGGACACUGACUCGUUCUCUACCCUCCAGCGGCUCUUAACUUUCUGGCGCACGUCAUCUUCGCUUGGAUGUAAAAUCACGUUCGCCGCCCUGUUGUUGCCCCCCCGGCUGCAUUUGUUGGGGAUAACCUUCACCAAUCACUCCCUUCCACUGGGCCUUUUUUUUAUACCACCCCCCCCCAAAAAAACAACAACUGCCAGGCGACGGACAGCUCCCGGUGCGAUGGUUUGACUCAGUGUGAAAAUGUGUGAAAACUGCGCCGAGCUGGUGGAGGUUUUAAAUGAAAUAUCGGACACCGACGGCAGCGACGGCGGCUUCCAGCUGAAGAAGGAACACGCCCUGCGAGUGCUGGGCUACAUCAGCUCCUGGACCCAGAGACAAUGUCUCUGCUGCUUCAAGGAGUACAAGCACCUGGAGGUCUUCAAUCAGCUGGUCUACGCCCUCAUCAACCUGGUCAUCGCUCAGAUCAGCAGCCUGAGAGACCGCCUCUGCAGCGCCCAGGACCGCCUCCACAAAGGAGGCGCGCCCGGGGCCGAGGGGGGGUCCGAAUGGCGCGGCGGCGGCGAGGCCCCGUCCGGGCCCCUCCCCCAGCCGUCCUCGCCCGGGGAGGACGAACCCGUGAAUGUGGAGAGGGACUCCGCCGAGGAGGACGCCGCCGACGCCCCCCCCGACCUCGGCAAGGGGCGGAGUCAGGGGCCCGGCCAGCCGUGUGAGGCCCCGAUGGAGGCCCUGGGGCCCGGGGAGGGCGGCGGUGGGUCCGCGGGUGGUGCUGGAGGAAGCAGCAGUGACCUCCAGGACCCGUUCAGCUCGUGGAGCACGGAGGAGAGGGAGAAACUCCUGUUGUGUGCCGCCAAGAUCUUCCAGAUCCAGUUCCCCCUCUACACGGCCUACAAACACAACACGCACCCCACCAUAGAGGACAUUUCUGCUCACGAGAGCAACAUCCUGGGCUCCUUCUGCGACAUGAACGACGUGGAGGUGCCUCUGCAUCUGCUGCGCUACGUCUGUCUGUUCUGCGGGAAGCACGGCCUCUCCCUGAUGAAGGAGUGCUUCGAGACGGGCACCCCGGAGAGCCUCCCCUUCGCCAUCGCACACGCCUUCAUCACCAUCGUCUCCAACAUCCGGAUCUGGCUGCACAUUCCCGCGGUGAUGCAGCACAUCAUACCGUUCCGCACCUACGUAAUCCGGUAUCUCUGCAAGCUGUCGGACCAGGAGCUGCGGCAGAGCGCGGCGCGCAACAUGGCCGACCUGAUGUGGAGCACGGUGAAGGAGCCGCUGGACAGCGCGCUGUGCUUCGACAAGGAGAGCCUGGACCUCGCCUUCAAGUACUUCAUGUCCCCGACGCUCACCAUGAGGCUGGCGGGGCUCAGCCAGAUCACCAACCAACUCCACACCUUCAACGACGUCUGCAACAACGAGUCCCUGGUGUCCGACACGGAGACGUCGAUCGCGAAGGAACUGGCCGACUGGCUGAUCUUCAACAACGUGGUGGAGCACAUAUUCGGGCCAAAUUUGCACAUUGAGAUCAUUAAACAGUGCCAAGUGAUCCUGAACUUCUUGGCUGCAGAAGGGCGACUCAGCACGCAGCAUGUGGACUGCAUCUGGGCUGCAGCUCAGCUGAAACACUGCAGCCGUUACAUCCAUGACCUUUUCCCCUCGCUCAUCAAAAACCUGGACCCGGUGCCCCUCCGCCACGUCCUCAACCUGGUGUCCGGCCUGCACCCCAGCGCCCACACAGAACAGACGUUGUACCUGGCCUCCAUGCUGAUCAAGGCUCUGUGGAACAACGCCCUGGCAGCCAAGGCCCAGCUGUCCAAGCAGAGCUCCUUCGCCUCGCUGCUCAACACCAACAUGCCCAUGGGCAACAAGAAAGGUUCCCCGGCAGUCAGUCCAGACAGCAGCGACACGCAACACAGCGGAGGCAGCGACAUGGAGAUGGACGACCAGAUGAUGAGCGGCAGCAAGAGGGGCCAGCAGAGGCUGUCUGACACGGAGGAGUCGAUGCAGGGCAGCUCGGACGAGACGGCGAACAGCGCGGAGGAAGGCAGCAGCGGGCCGGGCAGCAGCAGCGGCCGCAGCGAGGCCUCCAGCAACGAGGCGGCCUCCAGCCGAGCCAGCCAAUCAGCAGGGAGCCCCGGCAGCGAGAUGCACUCCGACGACAUGGCGGACAGCGAGGCCCUGAAGGAGGAGGAAGAGGAGGAGGAGGAGGAGGAAGACGAUGAGGAAGAGGAAGAUGAGGAGGACGAGGAGGAGGAGGACGAUGACGACGAGGAGGAAGACGACGAUGACGAGGAAGAGGACGACGAGGACGAAGGCAAGGGGAACCGGCCGUCUGGCGAGGUCGGCCCGAAGAAGGAGCAGACGGAGUCCAGGAAGAGGAAGGCGGGGGAGGCGCUCGGCGAGGGGACCGGCCAGGGGGCGGGGCCCGGGGGUUCAGGGGGCGGGAUCAAGUCCAAGGGCCUCCCCUUCAACCCCGAGACGUCCGCCGCCAUGGUUGCCACGGCGUCGUUGGAGAGCCGGAUGAGGAUGCUGGACGCCUGUUCCGCGUCGUCGUCCGCGCGGCCCGAGGGGGCGGAGCCCGGGCAGCAGCAGCCCAACGCCGGCCCCCCGCAGAUGGCCCCGGGCCCUCAGGAGCCGCCCUGCCUGCCGCGGCCCGGCGACUUCCUGGGCGAGGCCAUUGGCAGUGAGCUCUUCAACUGCCGCCGCUUCAUUGGGCCCCAGCACCACCACCACCAUCACCACCACCACCACCAUCACCACGAAGGGCCCACGGUGGAGGACAUGCUGAGCGCCGACGACGUGAGCUGCAGCAGCUCCCAGGUCAGCGCCAAGUCGGAGAAGAACAUGGCCGACUUUGACGGCGAGGAGUCGGGCUGCGAGGAGGAGCUGGUCCAGAUCAACUCCCACGCCGAGCUCAGCUCGCACCUGCAGCAGCACCUCCCCAACCUGGCCUCCAUCUACCAUGAGCACCUGGUGCAAGGUCCAGCUGUUCAUAAACAUCAGUACGCCAGCGGCCACGCGGUGACCGACAUCAACCUGGACAACGUUUGCAAGAAGGGCAACACGCUGCUGUGGGACCUGGUGCAGGACGAGGACGCGAUUCAUCUCUCUGAAGGUCUGAUUAACGAGGCGGAGAAGCUGUUGUGUUCCCUCGUCUGCUGGUUCACCGACAGACAGAUUCGAAUGCGCUUCAUCGAGGGUUGCCUUGACAACCUGGCCCACCACAGGUCUGUUGUGGUUUCCUUGCGUCUGCUCCCCAAACUUUUCGGCACUUUUCAGCAGUUUGGCUCCAGUUACGACACUCACUGGAUCACCAUGUGGGCGGAGAAGGAGCUGCACAUGAUGAAGCUGUUCUUCGACAACCUGCAGCACUACAUCCAGGAAGUCCGCGAGCACCGGCACAAGUUCGCACUGUACAGCCACAGCGCGGAGGUCCAGGUGCGCCUGCAGUUUCUCACCUGUGUCUUCUCCACACUGGGAUCUCCAGACCACUUCAGACUGAGUCUGGAGCAGGUGGACAUCCUGUGGCACUGCCUGGUGGAGGACGCCGAGUGUUACGACGACGCGCUGCACUGGUUCCUCAACCAGGUGCGCAGCAAGGACCAGCAUGCAAUGGGCAUGGAGACCUACAAGCAUCUAUUCCUGGAGAAGAUGCCUCAGCUGAAGCCGGAGACCAUCAGCAUGACGGGCCUGAACCUCUUUCAACACCUCUGUAACUUGGCGCGCCUCGCCACCAGCGCGCUGGACAACGCCUCCAGCUGUGAGCUGUGCGGCAUGGACCAGCUGUGGGGAAUCGCUCUGAGAGCUCAGUCCGCCGACAUCAGCCGCGCCGCCAUCCAGUACAUCAACUCCUACUACAUCAACGCUGGAAAGACGGGCCUGGAGAAGGAGCAGGAGUUCAUCAGGAAGUGCAUGGAGAGUUUGCUGAUGGCUUCGGCCAACCUGGAGAAGGACGCUCUCUCCAGCCUGACCAGCAUCGAGAGGGGGCUGCUCAUGCUCAAAACGCACCUGGAGGCCUUUCGACGCAGGUUCGCGUACCACCUGCGGCAGUGGCAGAUCGAGGGGACGGGGAUCAGCAGCCACCUGAAGGCCCUGAGCGACAAACAGUCCCUGCCGCUCAGGAUCGUCUGUCAGCCCGCCGGCCUGCCCGACAAGGUGACAAAUAUGACGAUCGAGAUGUACCCCAGUGACCAGGUGGCCGACCUGCGAGCUGAGGUCACCCACUGGUACGAGAACCUGCAGAAGGAGCAGAUGAACCAGCAGGCUCAGCUGCAGGAGUUCGGCCAAAGCGGGCGGCAGCCGGGAGACUUCCCAGGAGGCCUGAUGGGACCGGUCCGGAUGAUCUCCUCCGGCCACGAGCUGACCACGGACUACGACGAGAAGACGCUGCACGAGCUCGGCUUCAAGGACAUGCAGAUGGUGUUCGUGUCCCUGGGAGCUCCGCGGAGGGAGAGGAAGGGGGAAGGCGUCCAGCUGCCGGCCUCCUGCCUGCCCCCUCCCCAGAAGGAGCACAUCCCCAUGCUGCUGCUCCUCCAGGAGCCGCACCUCACCACGCUGUUCGACCUGCUGGAGAUGCUGGCCUGCUUCAAACCGCCCAGCCCCAACACGGAGAAGGUCCAGGACAACCCCGAGAGCACUCGCUGUGAGGAGCUUCACCUUCACGCAGAGAAUCUGUCUCGCCGGGUUUGGGAGCUGCUGAUGCUGCUUCCUACGUGUCCCAAGAUGCUUCAGGCCUUCCAGAACAUCUCGGACGAAACGAAUGGAGAUGGUCUUUGCUGGAAGGAGCUGCUGAGGAUCAAAAGUCCCCACAAGCUGCUGUACGCUCUGGAGAUCAUCGAGUCUCUGGGGAAACCCAACCGACGCAUCCACCGAGAGUCCACUGGCAGCUACAGCGAUCUGUACCCAGACUCUGACGACUCCAGCGAGGACCAGAUAGAAAACAGCAAGAACUCCUGGAGCUGCAAGUUUGUGUCCUCCGGAGGCCUCCAGCUGCUGAUGGAGAUCUUCAACUCGGGGAUCCUGGAACCCAAAGACCAGGAGUCGUGGACUGUGUGGCUGCUGGACUGCCUGGCCUGCCUGCUGAAGUUGAUCUGCCAGUUUGCGGUGGACCCCGCCGACCUGGACCUGGCCUACCACGACGUCUUCUCCUGGUCCGGCCUCGCCGACAGCCAACGCAAGCGGGCGUGGCCGGGAAAAUCCCGCAAGUCCACCGUGGAGCACGGGAAAGGCCUGCACAUCCCCCGGCUCACCGAGGUGUUCCUCAGCCUGGUCCAGGGCACCAACCUCAUCCAACGGCUGAUCAACGUGGCCUACACCUACGACAACCUGGCGCACAGAGUUCUAAAGGCUCAGUCCGACCACAGGUCUCGUCACGAGGUGACCCACUACUCCAUGUGGCUGCUGGUGAGCUGGGCUCACUGCUCCUCCACGGUGAAGUCCAGCCUGGCCGACAGCGACCACCUCCACGACUGGCUGAAGAAACUCACCCUGCUGGUGCCCGAGCCGGCUGUGAGACACGAGGCGUGUAACGGCCUCUACAAGCUCUCUCUGUCGGGUCUGGAGGGCGGAGAGUCCAUCAACAGGUCCUUCCUGCUGCUCGCCGCCUCCACGCUGCUCAAGUUCCUGCCUGACGCACAAGCCCUCAAACCUCUCCGGGUGGAGGACUACGAGGAGGAGCCUCUGCUGAGGACCGGCUGUAAGGAAUACUUCUGGCUGCUCUGCAAACUCAUCGACAACAUCCACGUCAAAGACGCCAGCCAGAAGGUCUCUCCCUCUCUGUCGCUGGCCGGCCCCAUGCAGACCACCCUGCUGGACCUGGACGCUCUCGCCCGGCACCUCGCCGACUGCAUCCGGAGCCGCGAGAUCCUGGACCAGCAGGACGGCGCCAUCGAGGACGACGGGCUGACGGGGCUCCUGCGCCUCGCCACCAGCGUCCUCAAGCACAAGCCGCCCUUCAAGUUCUCCCGCGAGGGUCAGGAGUUCCUGCGCGACGUCCACAACCUCCUCUUCCUGCUGCCCAGCCUGGCCGACCGCGCCCAGCCCAAGUGCAAGUCCCACGCCGCCCGCGCCGCCGCCUACGACCUGCUGGUGGAGACGGUGAAGGGCUCGGUGGAGAACUACCGGCUGCUGCACAACUGGGUCAUGUCCCAGCACAUGCAAGCGUCUCACGCCCCCUACAAGUGGGACUACUGGCCCCACGACGACGUGCGCGCCGAGUGCCGCUUCGUGGGUCUGACGAACCUGGGAGCGACGUGCUACCUGGCCUCCACCAUCCAGCAGCUCUACAUGAUCCCCGAGGCCCGCCAGGCCGUCUUCACCGCCAAGUAUGCUGAGGACAUCAAACACAAGACCACGCUGCUGGAGCUGCAGAAGAUGUUCACGUAUCUCAUGGAGAGCGAGAGGAAAGCCUACAACCCCCGACCGUUCUGUAAGACCUACACCAUGGACAAGCAGCCGCUCAACACCGGGGAGCAGAAGGACAUGACGGAGUUCUUCACCGACCUCAUCACCAAGAUAGAGGAGAUGUCUCAGGAGCUGAAGAAUACAGUGAAGACUUUGUUUGGAGGCGUCAUCACCAACAACGUGGUCUCUCUGGACUGUGACCACGUCAGUCAGACGGCGGAGGAGUUUUACACCGUCAGAUGUCAAGUGGCGGAUAUGAAGAACAUCUACGAGUCUCUGGAUGAGGUGACCAUCAAGGACACCCUGGAGGGGGACAACAUGUACACCUGCUCGCAGUGCGGCAAGAAGGUCCGCGCCGAGAAAAGGGCGUGUUUCAAGAAGCUGCCCCGCAUCCUGAGCUUCAACACCAUGAGGUACACCUUCAACAUGGUGACCAUGAUGAAGGAGAAGGUCAACACCCACUUCUCCUUCCCGCUGCGCCUCGACAUGACGCCCUACACCGAGGACUUCCUCAUGGGCAAAGGGGAGCGCAAGGAGGGUUUCCGCGAGGAGGGCGAGGCGAACGUCACGGAGAGCUACGAGUACGACCUCAUCGGCGUGACGGUGCACACGGGCACGGCGGACGGCGGCCAUUACUACAGCUUCAUCCGCGACAUCGUCAACCCGCACGCCUACAAGAACAACAAGUGGUACCUGUUCAACGACGCCGAGGUGAAGCCCUUCGACUCGGCCCAGCUGGCGUCCGAGUGCUUCGGGGGAGAAAUGACGACUAAAACCUACGACUCCGUCACGGACAAGUUCAUGGACUUCUCCUUCGAGAAGACGCACAGUGCCUACAUGCUCUUCUACAAGAGGGUGGAGCUGGAGGAGGAGAACAACGGGAAGGACUGCAGCUUCGACGUCUCUCCUGACCUUCUGGAGUGGAUCUGGCACGAUAACAUGCAGUUCCUCCAGGACAAAAAUAUAUUUGAACACACGUACUUUGGCUUCAUGUGGCAGCUCUGCGGGAGCAUCCCCAGCACGCUGCCCGACCCCAAAGCCGUCUCCCUCAUGACGGCCAAGCUCAGCACCUCGUUCGUCCUCGAGACUUUCAUUCACUCCAAGGAGAAGCCCACCAUGCUGCAGUGGAUCGAGCUCCUCACCAAACAGUUCAACAACAGCCAGGCCGCCUGCGAGUGGUUUUUGGAUCGAAUGGCCGACGACAACUGGUGGCCGAUGCAGAUCCUCAUCAAGUGCCCCAAUCAGAUCGUCAGACAAAUGUUCCAGAGGUUGUGUAUUCAUGUCAUCCAGAGGCUCCGCCCGGUUCACGCCCACCUUUACCUGCAGCCCGGCAUGGAGGACGGCUCUGACGACAUGGACGGGCCGGUGGAGGACAUCGGCAGCCGGUCCUGCGUGACGCGCUUCGUGAAGACGCUGCUGUCCAUCAUGGAGCACGGCGUCAAGCCGCACAGCAAACACCUGACGGAGUACUUCGCCUUCCUCUACGAGUUCGCCAAGAUGGGGGAGGAGGAGAGUCAGUUCCUGUUGUCACUACAAGCCAUUUCCAUCAUGGUGCAUUUCUACAUGGGAACCAAAGGCCCCGAGAAUCCCCAGGUGGAGGUGCUGUCGGAGGAGGAGGGCGAGGAGGAGGACGAGGAGGAGGACAUCUUGUCCCUGGCGGAGGAGAAGUAUCGCCCUGCCGCUCUGGAGAAGAUGAUCGCCCUCAUCGCGCUGCUGGUGGAGCAGUCUCGCUCCGAGAGGCACCUGACUCUGUCGCAGAGCGACAUGGCGGCGCUGACCGGAGGGAAGGGCUUCCCCUUCCUCUUCCAGCACAUCAGGGACGGCAUCAACAUCAGGCAGACCUGCAACCUCAUCUUCAGCCUGUGUCGCUAUAACAACCGCCUGGCCGAGCACAUCGUGUCGAUGCUCUUCACCUCCAUCGCCAAGCUGACUCCGGAGGCGGCCAACCCUUUCUUCAAGCUGCUGACGAUGUUGAUGGAGUUUGCGGGCGGGCCUCCUGGGAUGCCCUCCUUCGCCUCCUACAUCCUCCAGAGGAUCUGGGAGGUGAUCGAGUACAACCCGUCCCAGUGUCUGGACUGGUUGGCUGUGCAGACUCCCAGGAACAAACUGGCCCACAGCUGGGUGCUGCAGAACAUGGAGAACUGGGUGGAGCGUUUCCUGCUGGCUCACAACUACCCCCGAGUCCGCACAUCGGCGGCCUACCUCCUCGUCUCCCUCAUCCCCAGCAACUCCUUCCGCCAGAUGUUCCGCUCCACCCGCUCCCUCCACCUGCCGACCCGCGAGCUGCCGCUGUCGCCCGACACCACCGUGGUCCUCCACCAGGUGUACAACCUGCUGCUCGGGCUGCUGGGACGCGCCAAGCUGUACGUGGACGCCAGCGUGCACGGCACCACCAAGCUGGUCCAGUACUUCAGCUUCAUGACCUACUGCCUCAUCUCCAAGACGGAGAAGCUCAUGUUCUCCGGGUACUUCAUGGACCUCUGGAACCUCUUCCAGCCCAAGCUGUCGGAGCCGGCCAUCGCCACCAACCACAACAAGCAGGCGCUGCUCUCCUUCUGGUACAACAUGUGCGUGGAGUGCCCGGAGAACGUGCGCCUGGUGGUGCAGAACCCCGUGGUGACCAAGAACAUCGCCUUCAACUACAUCCUGGCCGACCACGACGACCAGGAGGUGGUGCUCUUCAACCGCGGCAUGCUGCCCGCCUACUACGGCAUCCUGCGCAUGUGCUGCGAGCAGUCGCCCGCCUUCACGCGCCAGCUGGCCUCGCACCAGAACAUCCAGUGGGCCUUCAAGAACCUGACGCCGCACGCCAGCCAGUACCCGGGGGCGGUGGAGGAGCUCUUCAACCUGAUGCAGCUGUUCGUGGCGCAGCGCGCCGACAUGAGAGAAGAAGAGCUGGAGGACGUCAAACAGUUCAAGAAAACCACCAUCAGCUGCUACCUGCGCUGCCUGGACGGCCGGUCCUGCUGGACCACGCUCAUCAGUGCCUUCAGGGUUCUGCUGGAGAACGACGAGGACCGACUGCUGGUGGUCUUCAACAGGGGACUGGUCCUCAUGACCGAGUCCUUCAACACGCUGCACAUGAUGUACCACGAGGCCACGGCGUGCCACGUCACCGGAGACCUGGUGGAGCUGCUCUCCAUCUUCCUCUCCGUCCUCAAGGCCACGCGGCCGUACCUGCAGCGCAAAGAUGUGAAGCAGGCUCUGAUCCAGUGGCAGGAGAGGAUCGACUUUGCCCACAAGCUGCUCACACUCCUCAACUCCUACAGCCCCCCCGAGCUCCGCAACGCCUGCCUGGACGUCCUGAAGGAACUCGUCCUGCUGAGUCCUCACGACUUCCUGCACACGCUGGUUCCCUUCCUGCAGCACAACCACUGCACCUACCACCACAGCAACAUCCCCAUGUCCUUCGGUCCUUACCUGCCCUGCAGAGAGAACAUGAAGCUGAUGGGAGCCAAGAACAACAUCCGACCUCCGAGGCCGGAGCUCAACAUGUGUCUGCUGCCGUCCAUGGUGGAGAGCAGCAAGGGUAAAGACGAGGUGUACGACCGGAUGCUGCUGGAUUACUUCCUGUCCUACCACCAGUUCAGCCACCUGCUGUGUCGCGUCGCCAUCAACUGCGAGAAAUUCACGGACACGCUGGUCAAACUGAGUGUGCUGAUAGCGUACGAGGGGCUCCCUCUUCACCUCGCCAUCUUCCCCAAACUGUGGACGGAGCUCUGUCAGUCUCAGUCCGUUCUGGCUAAAACGUGCGUGAAGCUGCUCUGCGAGGAUCCGGUCUUCAGCGAGUACAUCAAGUGCAUCCUGAUGGACGAGAGGACGUUCCUCAACAACAACGUGGCCUACUCCUUCCUCACCUGCUUCCUGCACAAGGUCCAGGUGCUGUCCGGCCCCAGCUGCUCCAACCUGAUCGGCGUCCUGGUGACCAACCUGCUGAGCGAGCAGAGCAGCCUGCAGCCCGAGCUGGCGGCUCACCGGCCGGAGCUCAGCAAGACCAGCGGCCUGCUGAACGGGGACCUCAGGGCCUUGCUGCUGCUGCUGUCCGUCCAGCCCCCCCACACCGUGGACCCGGCGCUCUGCCCGGCCCUGCAGGAGCUGCUGGCUCGCUGCCGCGUGUGCGUCCAGCGGCGCAGCGCCCUGGAGCUGGAGGCCAAGGACCAGAAGGCCAAAGCUGAGGACGAGGGGGCGACCCCGGUGAAGCGGCGGCGGGUGAGCAGCGACGACGACAGAGCCGGCGAAGCGGUGGCGGCGGCGCUCUGCGUGGCCUCCACCUCGUCCUCCUCGGCUUCGUCCCUCCCGCCCUGCGGCGAGCCGAAGCCCGACCACCAGGAGGCGCUGACGCCCGCCAGCACCUCCGACACGGAGACGCGAGACUCCUCAUCGCUGAUCGACCCGGGAACCGAGCAGGACCCGCCCUCUCCUGACCCCCCCCGAAACCUGGACUCCUCCCCCAAAGAGGAGAAAAUGGAGGCGUCUUCCUCCUCCUCCUCCUCCUCCUCGUUCUCCUCCUCGUCUUCCCUGCUGCAGGAGGCGGGCGAGGGCUUCGCGCAGGGGGAGGAGCCUGAGCCGCUGGGACACGCGAUGGCAGGUGGGGAGGAGGGGGAGGAGCUGCGGGAGGGGAGGAGGGGUGAGGUGACGUCGGAGGAGGUGAAGGAUGAGAAAGGGGCGGGCUCUAAGAGCAGCAGCAGCUCGGCCCCGCCCCCCUCAGAGGACGCUGCCUUCCCAUCGCCUUCUGGGCUGGUGGGGGAGGGGCCAGAGGGCUGCAGUGGCCACGCCUCCUCCUCGCAGGCGAUCCCAAGCGCCACCCCCCCACCUGACAUGCUGGACAUGCUCUACAGGACGGUGGAAGCCACCAUCGCCAUAGUUACCAAACUGUCGGUUAAGGGCCCGCCCCCUUCAUGACAUCAUCAACUCACAGCCGCCAUGAGAUCUUUUGUUUUUGUCCUGGUUGGAGAUCAGAAUUCUUCUUCUGCUGUUUGUGUGCUGCUGUCCUUCUGCUGAUGUUCAGUCGGUUGGUUCUUCAGCUCGCCCCCCCCCCCCCCCCCCCCUCAGACCACUAAAGAAGACGAGCAGAGAGUCGUACAAGCUACAGCACAUUUCUUUCAAAGGGCGAAAAAAGGCCGUUUUUUGUUUUUAUUUGUGUGUUUUAUACUGAUUUGAAUUAGUUUUUAUUUGUUUGAGGUUUGCUGUAACGGGGAAAGCUUUACAGAACUUUGGUCCGUAUGUAAUUUAAUUUUAUUGCAUUUUUACUGUGUAUAAAAAUGGUCGUCCUCGGUGCCAGUUUUGUACUUAUUGAACAAGGCUGAAGAAAGUUGCCUUGACUUCUUCUGUGGUUUAAAUAUCCAGAAACUAAGUUUACCUGUAAAUUAAGAGAACCACAAGAAACUUGAUUCUGUAAAGAAUCCUCUCUAGUCAUUGCCUGAAGGUGUAUAUGAAAUCUAUAUAUAGAUCUAUAUAUAUAAAUAUCUUUAUAUAUAUAUGAAUAUAUAAAAGCGGUGCUUUAUUUGACUGGUUGUAAUAAAGCCCCCCCCAUGUUGGACCAGCUGGAGCUUUUUUUUUCUUUACUGAAGUACAUUCCAUAAUCUCUUGUUUACUUUUGCUUCUUCUGCUGUGUUCUGAUUUUAUUUUACUAGAGAAUAAAUGAAUAAAAGCAGUUUUAAUAUGAAGAAUGAUGCGCUGAAGUCGUGUGGAGCUGUGAAGUUCUUUUUCUUUUCUUCCUUCAAACGGAUGUUUGUAAAAUGGUUUUUAGGAGACGUACGGAAAGUCAAAAGGAUCAAAAAGCUUCAUUUGAACGUAAGUA